AAGAAUCCAAAAUCAUCCAGAGUAGUUAUCUUACAACUUAGUAGCUCAGCUUUAAGAAAUUCCAAGAGCUUCAAAAUGGGCACAGCCACUUUCGUAGAGAUCCUUCUUGCUAUCCUCUUGCCUCCUCUCGGCGUCUUUCUCAAGUUUGGUUGCAAUGUUGAGUUUUGGAUAUGUCUGAUAUUGACGCUGUUUGGUUAUAUUCCCGGGAUCAUCUACGCUCUUUAUGCCAUCACCAAGGAGUAAGGACUGAUUGUUUCUAGCUCCACUGUUCUCUCCUUUUGGUCUCCUUAGGGAGGGAACAUGCGGCUUCACCGUGUUAACUCAUUGGGAGUGAUUCAUCAUUUGUUUUAUGUUAUGAGCAAUUAUAUUUCAUUAUCGUAUUUUGUAUUAUUAUAAUUUAUGUGAUAUGAAAAAAGCCUUUUGAAUA